ACGGAGGUUCUGCUUCCACAGCACCUUUUCUCUUUUACACAGGCUGUCAAUAUGUCAAAGGUUGUCUUUUUUAUAGUUUCGUUGGUAUUUUUGGGAAAUGUUUUCUUUACCCAGGCCACAUUUUCUUCCAGCCUCAUGGUGGAUAUGGCAAAAAUUGUCAUAGACAAUUAUUGCACCCCAGAGAAGUUGCUUGGAAUGAAGGAGGCAAUUGGAGCAGCCAGCAGCAACACAGAGAUCCUGAACAUCCCAGAUGCAGAAUCCUUGGCUCGGGUACUCAGCGCUGGAGUUCAAGGCACAGUAAGUGACACGCGCCUGGAGGUUACCUAUGAGCCAAACUAUGUUCCUGCAGUUCCACAAGCGAUGCCUCCACUUCCACCAGAGCAGCUUGUGGCAGUCCUCCAGAGCUCCAUCAAGCUUGACAUCCUAGAAAGUAACAUUGGCUACCUGAGGAUUGAUCACAUCCUUGGUGAAGAGGUGGCUGACAAGAUUGGCCCACUACUACUUGAGUUGGUCUGGAAUAAAAUAUUGCCUACAUCAGCUCUAAUCUUUGAUCUGCGUUACACUAGCAGCGGAGAUGUCUCAGGACUUCCCUACAUUGUGUCCUAUUUUACCCAAGCUGAGCCCCCAAUUCACAUUGACAGUGUCUAUGACCGGCCGUCAGACACCACCACCAAGCUCAUGACCCUGUCCACACUGCUUGGAGAAAGAUAUGGUACAACCAAACCUCUCAUUAUCCUCACAAGUAAAAACACUAAGGGCAUCGCUGAAGAUGUUGCCUAUUGUCUCAAGAACCUAAAGAGAGCCACCCUUGUGGGCGAGAAGACUGCUGGGGGUUCAGUGAAGAUUGAUAAGAUCAAAGUUGGAGACACAGACUUUUAUGUUACAGUGCCAACAGCUAAAUCCAUUAAUCCCAUGACUGGCUCCACUUGGGAAGUUGUUGGUGUUAGUCCUGAUGUUGAAGUUAAUGCUGAGGAUGCUCUGGCAGCUGCCAUCAAGAUUGUCCAAUUUCGGGCCCAAGUGCCAGCUAUUAUUGAAGGUGCAGCAGUUCUCAUUGCUAACAACUAUGCCUUUGAAGAUAUUGGAGCUGCUGUAGCAGCUAAGUUAAACGGGCUACUGGCAAGUGGAGCCUUUAACCUGGUUGUGUCAAAGACAGACUUGGAAACAAAACUGUCUGCUGUUUUGGAGUUUCUUUCAGGAGGAAAGAGUCUAAAAACGUCCAGCAACACUCCUGCACUGCCACCAGUGAAUUACUCACCAGAAAUGUACAUUGAUCUAAUUAAAGUCUCCUUCCAAACCAAUAUCUUUGAAAACAACAUUGGCUAUCUUCGAUUUGACAUGUUUGGUGACUUUGAGGAGGUCAAGCCCAUCGCCCAAAUUAUUGUUGAACACGUAUGGAACAAAGUUGUCAACACGGAUGCUAUGAUCGUUGAUCUUAGGAACAACAUUGGUGGCCCUACUACAGCAAUUUCUGGGUUUUGCUCCUACUUCUUUGAUGGUGACAAGCAGAUUGUGUUGGACAAGCUGUAUGAUAGAACCACUGGCGCCACUACCGAGCUUCUCACCCUUUCUGAACUCACUGGCACGAGGUAUGGGCCCCAAAAAAGCUUAAUAAUUUUGACGAGCCGAGCAACAGCAGGUGCUGCAGAGGAGUUUGUCUAUAUCAUGAAGAAACUUGGUCGUGCCAUGAUCGUUGGAGAGACCACUUCUGGAUCAUCCCACCCAGCCAAGACCUUCCCAAUCGGAGAGAGUGGCAUUUUCCUCAGCAUCCCUACAGUGCAUUCAGACACUGCUGCUGGACCAGCCUGGGAGGGGGCAGGCAUUGCUCCACACAUCCCCGUCGCAGCCAGUGGAGCUCUCGACGCAGCCCUGGGGAUUCUCAACAAGCAGGUUGCCGGCCAGAAAUAAAGCAAACCAACAUUCACACAGGCACAUUUA